AUGAUACUUCUACCUUCCGCGAUCAGGCCGCGAUGGACGGUCAAAUAUGUCCUGGUCUCUGCCGUGUCACUCUACGCCAGCUACUGUCUACUCGCCGGAAUGCCCUUCCUCUCCCAUCCUCUGCCUCGCUACUCUGGCGAAUAUGACGUUGGCACUAUUGACAUAGAGGCCCCCUGCCAGAGGCGAACUCUCGGCAAUGCCACCUUCAAGGACAGUGGAAGACCCGCUUUCGAGCUGGAGACUGUCCUCUUCUCAUUGUACUAUCCGGCAGUGAAAGGUUCUGUCUCUCGGCUUGCACACCACCCCUGGGUACCGAAGCCCAUCGCAUUACAGGGUGAAGGGUAUGCGCGAUUCGCAAAGAUCAACAAUGCCCUUACGAACAAUGUCUUCACCUUUGCGCUUUGGAUGCUGGCUGGAAGCACGACCAUACCUGCGAGUGUGGACGUGCCGAUUCACGGUACAGUCAAGACCUACCACGAUUACAUCGCUGAGCAGCCACUGGACAACUACGGCCUUCCACGAUUCCCAGUCAUUGUCUUCAGCCAUGGCAUGGCCUCGAGUCGUACCAGCUACACCCACUACUGCGCCGAGCUGGCCUCGCGAGGCUACGUUGUGGCAGCCAUAGAGCACAGAGACGGGAGUGGCCCCGGGACCGUGAUUAUGAACGAGAAAGAGCCACCGAGGCCACUUUUCCAUGUCAACGCCGACAUGCUAGAGCCAAAGCCUGAGAUGGCAGACUUCAAGGUCAUGCAGCUCGGGAUGCGCCAGGCGGAAGUAGAAGAGACGGUGCGCGUGCUCCAAGACAUCAACAACGGCAAUGGCAGGGCUGUCUUUCAAAGCAAUCCACGCCAGGAAGGUCAGGAUCUUGCAGAAUGGGAGGGAAGGUUGAACAUGGAUCGCGUUGUCGUCGGCGGACACUCAUACGGAGCCACACUUGCCCUGCAAACGCUCAAAGGCGCUCCUUCUGAACGAUUACCUUUCGUAGGGGCCAUCAUACUGGAUCCUGGCAAGCACAGUGGACCAUUGAACGACGAUAUCAAUGUGCCCACGCUCAUCGUGCAUUCGCAGUCCUGGUCAGCCAGACAUUCAAUCUUCCAGGGCCGGCCGCAUUUCACAGUUGUCAAGGACCUCGUGCGCAAGAUAAUCGACGAGAAGAAGAAGUAUGCUUGGUUCAUGACAGCCAAAGGAACCACGCAUCCUAGCGUCACAGAUGCCCCCCUCAUCGAGCCCUUCUUGCUCGCAUGGACAACAGGGUCCACGAUCGAUGCUAGGGAAGGCGUUAUGCAAUACGUCGAGAUUUCACAAGAGUUCUUGCAUUAUCUCGACAAUGGCCACCGGCAGUCGAUCCUGAGAGAGGACGUUACUCAUCAGGAGUACGAUGACCCCAAUCCUCGCGAAGGCAACGCAAAGGUCACGAAAUCCUGGCAAAUCCAUAUGGCACCGAGCACCGCCUGCCCCGCACUAGGCUACUGUGGGCUUGAUGAUGAGUGAGGAGACAACAGAUGCACGAGGUAGAGAGCAAUACGGAUACAAAGGUGCUCCAUUGAGAUGGACUGCGCCGGCUGUGGCUCAGUCUGCUCAGCUCAGUCUGACAGCGGCUGAAGGGACUGAUUCAGGACGUCACGCGUUGAAGAAGCUACAACGUGCCGCUGGCCUCCCAAUGGCACCACUUGAGUAGGCUCAAUGAGCCAGAGACGGCAGAAAUCGCAGCUUCAGAUGCUUGCGGCAACGCAAAGAUGUGAUGAGGGUCGUAUUCGCGGGGGUUGGCUGCAAUUAGCUUGGAUUUUUGCAUGGCUGUUUGAGGAUAGAAAGGGAGCGGAUGGCUCGGGAUUGUAGGAUUGGUGAAAAGCAGUCCUUGUGAGGAGCUACGAGAGACGAGGUAGGACAGUACGGGAUGUAUGAUAGCAGUAGAUUAAUGAUU